UCCACUCAGCCUGACGCCUGUCUCCAGAGGAAGUGGCCACCCAAGGAGCUCCCAGGGGACUCUGCUCAUGGCCUGUGUCUUUGCCGAGACCGCAGGUGCUUAAGAAAACAGCCACGAACUCUCACUGCCAGCAAGCACUGAGGCGUCUCUGGGCUGCCCUGCGAUGAUGGACUGGACUCCAAGCCUGCUUCUGCUCUGCGCUUUCUCCUUGACCUUCAUGCCAGCUGCCUUCACAGAAGCAAAAGACCGAAGCAAAGCAGUCAAAGGAAGGAGAGGACAGGCUCGGGACAGGGUCCAGCUCCCGGGGGCCCAGACCUCCCCCCCAGGCCCCAGGCUGAAGGCAAAUGCAUUGGCCAUGGAUGAUACAUACACCAUGGUGGAGGAAUAUGAGGAGAGCAUUCAGGAGAUGGUACGCCAGCUGAGGAACAGCUCGGAGCCCCCUGACACCAAGUGCCAGGUCAGCCUGGGACUCUGGAGUCCCAACAAGAGGAGUCUGUCUCCAUGGGCCUACAGCAUAAAUCACGAUGCAAUGCGGAUUCCCAUGGACAUCCCAGAGGCGCAGUGCCUCUGUGUCGGCUGCAUCAACCCUUUCACUAUGCAAGAAGACCGCACCAUGGCCAGCAUCCCCAUCUACAGCAGGCUGCCUGUCCGCCGCCUGCUAUGCCAGCCAGGGGCCAAGGCCCCCAGGAAGAAGAAGGGUUGCCACAAGAAGUACAGGAUGGUCAUGGAGACCAUCGCCGUGGGCUGCACCUGCAUCUUCUGAGGGAGGACAAGCAGGUCUUCCCAGCUCUCCCACACCCCCAUGCAGAACUAACCUGAGGCCUCUGGGACUGGAAAGCAGCUACCGUCUAAGCAGCCAUUUCUCAUUACAGCCAUUUUGCAAGGGCCCCAGCUGGGGCCCCCAGGAGAGGGGUUAACAGGGCCUGGUGCAUGUGGGGAAGACCCAAGUAGGUGGGAAGCAGCUACUUAGACCCAUAGAGUUUUCCCCUUCACUCUCACAUCUCCCUGCUGAGCCUGGAGCAUGACUGCAGCAUGCAGCCCCCAGGAGCUGGCUGGGUGGGGUAGCUGGCACCCACACAGCUCUCAGCAGCUCCCAACAUGCAGCCACCUCACUUACCUUUUGGGCAGUGCAUGGCACAGCUGCACACCUGUGCUGUUUCCUGGCAGCUCAGCAGCAGCAGAAGAGAGAGGUAGCCAGAAUCAUGGAGGAGGGGAGGAGGAAACAGCUGCUAACCAGGGCCCUCAAGCAGAGGGAAAAGGCUCUCAGUCCUGCCUACCUUGGGAGCUGCAAACAGCACCUGCCUCUUGUUCCCACCCGCUCCAGACGGUGCAUCGGUCACAGCAGCUGCCAUCCAUCUCCCCCAGCUGAGGUCAGGGCUCAGCACCUCACAAAGGCAGCACUGUUUUCAGGCUGAGGGCACCCAGGUCUUACUCUGAAAGGGAGGAAGCUUUGCUAACAGACCUUCACCUGUCUCAGGCAGGCACCAGCUCCAGCCCAGUUCCUACCUGCUGGUUGGGUGGGGCCUCUCCACCAUCAGCAGCUGGGCUGGCCCAGCCCUCCCCAGGUGCAGAGGUGGCAGCUGAUGGGCUGCCUCCUGCUUCCCACAGCUGGUCCCAUAAGGCUCUGGGUGCUGGUGAGAGUAUAGGCUAGGAGCACCCAGGGGCAAAGGCUGUUGCAGCAGGGGUGCUGCCAGGAGGCAUUUAGGGGAGUGUCUGAGGGAACAGGGCUGGAGACAGCUGCUUCUAUUUUGCUCCUCAGGCUCCUUGCAGAGCCUGCAUGGCUGGGCAGGGCAGCACAGGUCUGGGACCUUAGCAGUGCCGUGAGCAGAACCUGGGUUCCUGGGAAGCCAGGCUGUGAAGUACCAGGCCCUUGUAGAUGCUGGGCCUGUGGUGCUGCACUCAGCUAACAGGGGCAUGCCUUAUGUCACGAGAGCCAGGACCAGCUCAGUUCACUAGGCUCCACUGUCCAUAGUACCCAGGCUGGCAAUAUCUGACAGCAGGGUCCUGGAUGGAGCAGGAAGCCUGGAUGCCUGUCAAGGACUUAAGGAAGCAAGGGCCAAUCUGGACAGCCCCACACAGAUCUGAGAGGGGCAUGGACUCCAUCAUGCAGAGCAGGCUACAACUUCUGGAAGACACAGGCAUGAGAGGCCAUUGGGAGGGGGCAAAAAGGCAGCUGGGAGAUUGAGCAAAGGCAGGAUAUUGGUUUUUCACCCCAGUGAACUACAGUCAGGAUGCAAAGCCAGGGAAAGGGGUGGUUCCUGGCUGGUCUUUGCUCACUAGUGAGGUUAACAUUCAGCUCCUUGGGUUUUCAGUCUCCUGCCCUUGCUGUUGGGAGCCCAUCUCCCCCACCCCAGCCCCUGCCAUGCCCUCUACCACAUCCAGGCACUACUAACACCUCUUUGUAGGCUGCAGAACUGUACUAUUUACAGCUUCUCAGCCUCUUGAAGGCUCAGGAGAAGCAUAGUGGCUUCUUAAUCUGGCAGGGGAAAUACCAUGUGUCUGUGUCCAAGAAGGCAGUUUUCCUGAACCGCACCCCAGGAGAACUGCUCUUCUGGUUCAGCACCUGCUGAGGUGCAGCAGCCUUAAACCCAGUUUAUGGAAACAGGAGUCUCCUCCCUUGCUUGCUCCAAGGGCAACAUGGCUGAGGUCAAGCAAAACUCAGGGGCAUCCGAACCCCAAGCCUCCAGGCUGGGGCCUGUAAGUAGGAUGCCCACCAAAGGUGUUAAAAACAUCUGAAGCCCCAGGUGCGGGUGGAGGACGUUUGCCAGUAGUAGGGCCACUUGUGGUUCUGGACACUUGGAUUUGGAAUUAGUUUUGGCUAAUUUGGCCAUGGAUACAAAAUAAAUAAAUACAUAAAUUCCAGCUACUGAGGCCUAGGGAAGGGGAUCUUUGAGGGAGACUCUUGCUGCUCAGCGAGGGGGUAAUUUAUGAUGCAAAGGAAAUGAACCUCUGGCUGCAGCCUGGUUCAAGCAGCUCCUCCUGCUGGGUAAACUUGAGGCAAGCUGGACUAUUGUUCAGCACUGCUACAGCACUCUUAGCUCUAACCUUAGCAGAACAGGCCCCUACCAUGACCCCACUGUAUCCAUGGGGACACUGAGGGACAAGACUGGGUAGGACUUGGCAAGUGGCACGGAGCAAGACUGAAUUAAGACACUGGCUCCCUCUUUUGAUGGGGGAAAAGACCAUCAUCCCACCUUGAGCCCCAUCCAGCCCCUGUGCACAAUGAGACAACAGCCCAUAAACACACACACACAGAUUGGCAGCUUUAUUAGAGGGGUGGAGUGACACAGUGGUUCCUAGUCCUUGGCUCUGCUGAAGCACUGGGGGGAAGGAAGAAGAGAAGGGGUCUGCUUGCUCUCCUCUGUACUCCAGGCUUGCCUUCACACUGACAAUAAACUACACUGCUGGUCCCAUU